GUGCAGCCGGAUUGGCCGCGGAGCUUCGUGACAGCGGCGCCCAUUGGUUGUGGCGGCCCCCGUGACGCGGGGUGGCGACUGGCUCCCGGGUCUGAGGGGCUCCUGCUUGUCAGGUUCUAGCUUGUGUUUUCUGCCUAGACCUAUGAUCAUUCCUGUGAGACCUCACUGCACGCUUUCUCAAGUGUCUUCCUCAUCCCUAACGUGUAAUCCUUCAACAUGGACCUGCUACUUUAGCUAAGAUAUGACCAGCAAUGAAUAGUAGUAAGAUAUGUGCUGAUUAGAAGGCUCACUUGUGCAGUGUGGAGGAUAAGACAGUGCCUUACAAAAAUGGGGUUUGGGAGUGACCUGAAGAAUUCACAUGAAGCUGUGUUAAAAUUGCAAGACUGGGAAUUACGGUUACUGGAAACAGUGAAGAAAUUCAUGGCCCUGAGAAUAAAAAGUGAUAAAGAAUAUGCAUCUACUUUACAGAACCUUUGUAAUCAAGUUGAUAAGGAAAGUACUAUCCAAAUGAAUUAUGUCAGCAAUGUGUCUAAGUCUUGGCUACUUAUGAUUCAGCAGACAGAACAACUUAGUAGGAUAAUGAAGACACAUGCAGAGGACCUAAAUUCUGGACCUUUACACAGGCUCACCAUGAUGAUCAAAGACAAGCAGCAGGUGAAGAAGAGUUAUAUAGGUGUUCAUCAGCAGAUAGAGGCAGAGAUGAUAAAGGUUACAAAGACAGAAUUAGAGAAAUUAAAAACCAGCUAUAGACAAUUAAUAAAAGAAAUGAAUUCUGCCAAAGAGAAAUAUAAAGAAGCUGUAGCUAAAGGGAAAGAAACUGAAAAGGCCAAGGAACGUUAUGACAGAGCCACAAUGAAACUUCACAUGUUGCAUAACCAGUAUGUAUUGGCAUUGAAAGGGGCACAGCUUCAUCAGAAUCAGUAUUACGACACUACACUUCCUCUGCUUCUGGAUUCCUUACAAAAGAUGCAAGAAGAAAUGAUAAAAGCACUAAAAGGUAUAUUUGAUGAAUACAGCCAGAUAACCAGUCUCGUUACAGAGGAAAUAGUGAAUGUCCAUAAAGAGAUUCAAAUGUCGGUUGAACAGAUAGACCCUAGCACAGAAUACAAUAAUUUCAUAGAAGUCCACAGAACAACAGCUGCUACGGAGCAAGAAAUUGAAUUUGAUACUUCCUUACUAGAAGAAAAUGAAAACCUUCAAGCAAAUGAGAUCAUGUGGAAUAAUUUAACAGCAGAAAGUUUGCAAGUAAUGUUGAAAACUGUAGCAGAAGAUCUUAUGCAGACACAACAAAUGCUUUUAAACAAGGAGGAAGCUGUCCUGGAGCUAGAAAAGAGAAUUGAGGAAUCUUCUAAGACCUAUGAAAAGAAGUCUGAUAUUGUACUUCUGCUAAGCCAAAAACAGACACUCGAAGAGCUGAAACAGUCAGUCCAGCAGCUGAGGUGCACUGAGGCAAAGUUUAUAGCCCAGAAAGAAUUACUAGAGCAAAAAGUGCAAGAAAAUGAUGGGAAAGAGCCACCUCCAGUAGUAAAUUAUGAAGAAGAUGCACGAUCAGUUACAUCCAUGGAAAGAAAGGAGAGGCUAUCCAAAUUUGAGUCUAUUCGCCAUUCAAUUGCUGGAAUGAUUAGGUCUCCAAAAUCUUCACUGGGCACUUCAACAUUCUGUGAUUCGAUCCCCAUAAUUGAGAAGCCUCUGGCAGAACAGGACUGGUACCAUGGUGCAAUUCCCAGAAUAGAAGCGCAAGAUCUGUUAAAACAACAAGGAGACUUCUUGGUGCGAGAGAGUCAUGGGAAACCUGGUGAAUAUGUCCUUUCUGUAUUUUCUGAUGGACAAAGGAGACACUUUAUCAUACAAUUUGUUAAUAAUUUAUAUCGAUUUGAAGGCACUGGGUUUUCAAACAUUCCUCAACUUAUAGACCAUCACUAUACAACAAAACAGGUCAUCACCAAAAAAUCAGGUGUAGUUCUGCUGAAUCCUAUUCCUAAGGACAAGAAAUGGGUUCUCAAUCAUGAAGAUGUCAUACUGGGAGAAUUAAUAGGCAAGGAGUUCCACAAAUUAAGAGGAACAAAGAAGUUGAGGGUGUAUGGUAAGCAGUUGUUACAAUUAUUGGCCAUGGAAUUUAACCUAAAUAAGGAAGCAAGAGAGUAUAUUAAGGGUGUGGUGGACAAUAAAAAAAUUCUCAAGCAAUAUGAUCAUCCCAAUAUUGUCAAACUUAUAGGAGUAUGCACACAAAGACAGCCUAUCUACAUCAUUAUGGAACUGGUUCCAGGAGGUGAUUUCCUCUCCUUUCUGAGGAAGAAGAAGGAUGAAAUAAAACUCAAACAAUUAGUAAAAUUUUCAUUGGAUGCUGCUUCUGGUAUGGCAUAUCUGGAGAGUAAAAACUGUAUACACAGGGAUCUUGCUGCGAGAAACUGCCUGGUAGGGGAAAAUAAUGUUCUGAAAAUCAGUGACUUUGGAAUGUCUCGUCAAGAGGAUGGUGGAGUGUAUUCAUCUUCUGGCUUAAAGCAGAUUCCCAUUAAAUGGACAGCACCAGAAGCUCUUAAUUAUGGGAGAUACAGCUCUGAGAGUGAUGUGUGGAGCUUUGGCAUACUGCUCUGGGAGACCUUCAGCUUAGGGGUCUGCCCAUACCCCGGAAUGACUAAUCAACAAGCCCGAGAGCAAGUGGAAAGAGGAUACCGAAUGUCGGCCCCUCAGCAUUGUCCAGAGGACAUUUUUAAAAUUAUGAUGAAGUGUUGGGAUUAUAAACCUGAAAACCGCCCCAAGUUCACGGAACUUCAGAAGGAGCUCACUGGCAUCAAGAAGAAAAUCACAUAGUGACGGAACAGCGCAAACCCUGCCCGCGUCCAGGACUCCAUCCUCCACUCUCAUUCACAAUGAGUUUAUACCACAUUAUGUGCAACAGUCUUCUAAGGUUAUCUUUUUUAUUAACUGUUUUUUUUACACUAUGUGCCAUUAAAAAAGGUCAAAGUUAAAUGCAUUCAAGAGACAGACAGUCCUACCAAGGGCUUUCUUGCUCCCCACCGCAAUCCUGCCAUUUCAGCCUGUUGUAAAUAGAAAAGCACAGGCUCUAACUGUGAGGGGGAACCGGUCCGUCUUUGUCACACCAGGACCCUUGCUGUUUCUCAGAGGUUCUGACUCCCGGCCCAGCUCACGGGCCACUGGCCUCUGCCACAGACCCUGCUCCGUCGGUGCUGUUGGCUGCACUGGUCACGCCAUGUUCGCAACAUUCCAGCCAAGGCUGGCUUUCCGCUCUGCUAAGGAAGAGUGUAUUUGUCAACAUCAUUUUAUGUUGGGAAUUACUUGGACCUCCUAGGGUUUUUCUUUCCUUUCUUGCCAGAAAUAAGCGCAGCAUAAGAAUCCUCACGUUCCGGUUUUAUUAGUAAGGCUGCUGCUUCCCUCCCCUUCCGUUCAGGCAUCAGAAAAUGAUGCAUGAAACGUCCUCAAAGAGCACACUUUUAGUUGAGGCCACAGCUUUUCAAGGGUGUUGUAGAGAGUUGUGACAGCAAGAAGUAAGUUGGAACAGGAGGUUGGUCUGGAGAAAAGGGCAGCUAGACGGUCAUCAAAGAGAAGAAAAGGGAAAUACAGAAUCUGCCUUCUUAUCAGAGUUAUGCCUUCACACACACACACACACACCCUCUUUAUUUUAUGGUUUGAAUUCAUCAAAACGAUUCUAAGAAAUGUUUGUUUUCAGGAGUUCAUAUUUAAAGCCUUCUUAAUGGCCUCAGAAAUUUUUGUAGAGGAACUUCAAAGCACAAGUCCACAGAAAUAACAACAUACUUUUGGUUAAGGACCUUCCCUUAAGAGGAGAAAUCCCAGAAUUUAAUUCCCUUCGUGUGAGCCAGUUUCCAAAGCUGUCAGAAUUUCAUGAUCCUAGUUCAUAAACACAUCCAUGUGUGUACACACGUGGGCGUGUGCAUGUAGACACACACACACACAUAAAACUAAGAAGCCAGGAAGGUGUAAAUGGAGUAAAUGUUCAAGAAGUGAAAUGAAGAUUAUUAAGGAAACAGAGAGAGAGAGAGACAGCCCUCCUACCGCCACUUGCCCCCUUCGUUUACUCUUACGCUGUUACCUGGAAAUCCCUAUCAUUAGCUGACAGGUAUGCAAGACAGCUCUGGAGAUGCUUCAUAGGAAUAAAAUGUUAACACAGAGUUGAAACUAGAAUUCUGUUUAGCUGAAUCUUAGCUGCAUCCAGGGAACUUACCCCAUGUUCUGUAUAUAGUUACCUCUCAGGAUAAAUAUGUGUGGAAGAGAUGGUCACGCUCAGGGGUAAAUGUGGCUUGGGAGCUCUUUAAUAAGAGCUCAGGCCUGUGUCCAAAGAGCACAUUAGUGACUGUUUGGUCUCCAUUCAUUGGAAGAGCUUCUGGGAUAGAAAAUUCCUCCUACCACCUCCAGCUCUUUGCUUCCUGUGAAUAUCACUGCACAAAACUCACACUCAGUUGAUUUUAAAGAGUAUACAGGAUAAUACUGAAGAGAAAAAUGGCUUGUGUCCACCAUUUCAGUCUCCUUGCCAGUUUUGUACACAUUUAAUGAUUACCACACCCAGACUAAAAUGAAAGCAUGAAUAUACUUGCCCUCAAAAAUACUGCAAUAUACAAAACAACUUUUUCUUAAAAUUAGCAUUGUUUACCUUCUGUCAAAUAUUGGAAAGAAAUGAAGCCUUCUCUUGAUGGUGUAUACUACGGUCAGUUAAGCACAGAUUCAUGAAUUAAGAGCUCUAGUCUUCGGGCACUUGCCAGCUUUCAAAAGCAAGAAAAAAAAAUGGGGACAUUUCCACCCUUUGUCAGUAUUUCCAAGUGCAUCUCUCUGUACUAUUCUUUAUUUAAAGAAAACAGCCUCCCAUCACUUAGCAGCCCCAGUGCUAAGCUCUCAGUAAAAGAGAGAAUGAUGGUUCGGGCUUCAAUUUUGUGAAGACCUUAAGUUUAAAUCUUUGCAUUCUGGUGCAAAGGAUGAACAUGGCAUUGAUAUUUCACUCAUCCAGGCUGUAAGAAUUUGCAAUUCACAUCAUAACUCUGUGCUUAAAUUAAAGAAGCUUUUCCAAACAUCAUGACAUCUGCAGCAUUUAAAUUCUAUUUUCUUCUUUGUCUCAAAGCAAGCAGUGGUAUAGUUCAGGAUUAAUAACGCAUUGGGAGUCUUUCAGGAUCAUAUCAGUUGUAGAGAAUAUUAAAUUUCAUAUAGGCACAUGCAUUAAGAAAAACUCACGCAGAUCAUUUUUUACCGUUAAUUUUGUUGUGCUUGAAGCAUAAUUUAUUCAUCCCUUCUGUCACUGAUAAUUAUUGGAAUUAUAUACUUCAGGAGGCUAAUCCAUAUCCGAAAAGCACACAUACAAAUACUGUUCUGAAUUUGCAAGUUGAUGUAGAAAAAGAAGUCUUCAGAAAUACAUAAAAUCAUAUGACUUAUUUAAUAAGAAAACAGUUGUAACCAAAACUGCCACUGGUCUGAAUGUAAUUCAGCCAGGUCACAAAUCUUUGUGUUGUUAAUGGCUUUUUUCAAGCAUUGCAUAUGUUACUCCUAUACAGUUCCUGUCAUAAUUCCUUAAAUUUAUGAAUACAGAGUGAGGGGCGGGUAAGCCCAGGCAGUCUGACUCUCACCUGCAUUUUUCUACCUUGAAUCACCAAGGAGCCUUUAUGACAAAUAUGUAGGUAGGUUAUCAUUUUUCAAGGAAAUAAAUCUUUUAUUGUCAAAAUAACAUUUAUUACCAACAUUUGAAACCUUAAAUUAUUUUGUAUUCCAUGUAAUCUAAGGUUACUUCCCAAAGCCAACAUAUUCUUUCUCUUCCAGGAAAAUAAUAAUAAAGGAUUAAUAAGUUUUGUUUAGACUUUCAAAACCAGAGAUUUCAUUUCAGUCCACCCUGCCACUAGGUCCCCAGUGAAAGGUCUCAUGUAAUCACUUCUCUUUUCUCUCCCUAAUUUCAUAUAGUCAAUAAAGUUCUUCAUCCAUAAUUCACCAUCUUAUCACAGAUACGCUCUUAUUGAAACAUCUCGCUAGCAGGUCAGUAUAGAAGAUGAGUCUAAUUGUAUCAGCCAUUAUUCAGUGCACAUUUCACAACUAUUUUUCAUUUGAGGGUUGUUUCUAAAAGAAAAGAAAAUGUUUAGUCAUUGAAAUAGUCUUAAUUUCCUUUAAGCCAUGAUAUAGUUUCCUUGUCUACGUUAUACUCACGUUUCAGUUCUGAGAUACAGUUUUAUAUGAAGUUUGGCUAAUAGCACUAAAAAUAGCCAUGGCUUCACAGUACUGGUAUGAGAUUGUGUCAAGAAGAAAGUGUUUUAAUUAUAAUAUAUGCCACACACUGAGGACCUUGCAGAGGGACAAACA